CAGCUGGUCCGAGCGGCACCGCGGCUGACUGAACGGGCCGGUUUGUUGACAGAAGUGCAGAACACCUCCCGGGUUUCCCUGAGGACUUCCGCGCUGCGUGUUCCUGCCUCGGACAGAGCACUGCAACCUGUUUUCUCCAUCUUUUCUUCUUUUUUUUUUUCUUCUUAAAGCCCUCAGCUCCAUCUGCCAACAGACAGCCGGCAGAAUGUCAACACAUUUCAGGAGCGGCCCUGCCUUUGGACUUUCUGCUGAGGUUAAGAGUAAGCUGGCUGGGAAGUAUGACCCACACAAGGAAGAGGAGCUGAGGCUGUGGAUUGAGGACGUGACCGGCAAGCGAAUUGGAGAGAACUUCAUGGAGAGUCUGAAGGAUGGAGUCCUGUUGUGCGAACUCAUUAAUACUCUACAGCCGGGCUCUGUGAGGAAGAUCAACCACUCCAGUCAGAACUGGCACCAGCUGGAGAACAUAGGGAACUUCGUCCGUGCCAUCACGGAGUACGGCCUGAAGCCGCACGACAUCUUUGAGGCCAACGACCUGUUUGAGAACGUCAACCACACACAGGUUCAGUGUACGCUCAUCACCCUGGCUGGAAUGGCCAAAUCUAAAGGUUUCCAUUCAAAGUACGAUCUAGGUGUGAAGUAUGCCGAGAAGCAGCAGCGACACUUUGCUCCCGAGAAGCUCAGGGAAGGACGGAACAUCAUAGGCCUGCAGAUGGGCACCAACAAGCUCGCCAGCCAAAAGGGGAUGACCUCCUAUGGUACACGACGUCACCUGUACGAUGCCAAGAUUGCCAUGGACACCCCGAUGGACCAGUCCACCAUCAGCCUACAGAUGGGCACCAACAAGGGGGCCAGCCAGGCCGGCAUGAGUGCACCAGGAACCAGGCGGCACAUCUUUGACAAGAAGCUGCAGCUGGAGAAAUGCGACACCUCCACCAUCUCUCUGCAGAUGGGCACCAACAAAGUGGCCUCCCAGCAGGGCAUGACCACCUACGGCCUGCCCCGCCAGGUCUACGACACCAAAUACUGCACCAACCCCAACGACACAUACAACAACGGGAGCGAGGUGGAGUUUGACGGAUACAACCAGUACUCUGACUGAAGAAGCCACAGACAGCCCCCCCCGCCACCCCCUCCUCCCUUCCCUCCCCCUUUGCUUUAACGCCAGACAACCCACCACAGCUGUCUCUGCGACGAGCAAAGCUUCCCAGACUGUUAUUUGACUCUGAAUGACGUCAUCCUUCUUUUUCUAAAAGUGUUUUUACUCCUAAGAAGUUUUAUAUUUUGCUUUUCCAUGAGCACGAGACAGAAUGUUGUUUACACUGGCCCCGCGUCGAAAACGUUCAUGCUGCGGCCGACUUCUGCUGCCCUGGUUAUUAUUAUUAUUGGUAGGAAAUAGCCACACAGCACACAGAGGUGGAGAAGUAUUGAUCUUUGCUAUUUAUAGUUUUUUGUUUUUUUUUAAAUUGCUUUUUAUUCUCGUUUUCAAAGAUUUUAACUCUUGACGCCCCUAACUUCACAUUGCUACCUUUCCAAACAUGUUUGAUCAGCGAUGGAGUAGAAUCUGAAUGUUUGCGCUGUUGGGAACACAGCUCACGUCCACGUUAAAGCUCCACGGGCUGAAGGGUCCCGCUU